AUGGCCACGAACACCGCCGCACGACGGCAACGGAUUCUCAUACGAGCGCUAUACACUGGCGUUCUUAUUGUCCUUGCAAGAACGAUCUACCUCAUUAUCACCACCGCCCCUAGCACCACCACCACCACCAACAUGACCACCCCUCACGAAAGCUCCUGGAAAGCGGACACAGAUGAACAGCUCGUGAAAUACUACUCCUCGAUUUUUCAAGAUUUAAUCUUCGACGGAAUUCUUACAGUCGACUCAAGAACACUCACCAUCGGAGCCGAAUCUCCCCAAUACAUUGCCGCCCUUAGAGAAGCUGGCAUCGCCUAUUCCAAAGCAAUCAAGAAAAACGUCAGGUUCCCGUUUAUGAACAACAGUUUUGAUUUACAGUUCUCUGCACACUCGGGUCUUGACAGCUCCGCAUAUCCCGGCGAAUUGUCAUCGGAAUUGACAAGAACUCUGAAACCAGAAGGGUAUCUCAUCAUUCACACGGAAUCCAAAGACUCCUACAGUUUAAAUUCUUUGUUGGAUUUGUUCGAUUCGUUUAAAUUGAUCCGAUCACGUGAAGUACCGGUUCAACAUUGGUCUAUUCCACGAAUUCGUGAAGUUAUUUUGAAGAAACAAAACGGGAUUCUCCGGCGACGGAGAAACCUCGCCGGAAGUUGCUCUGUUCCAGCGUAUAAAAAGGAAUUAAUUCAAAAUUCUGAGCCAUUGAUAGCUGAAGAACCAAUGAAGCCAUGGAUUUCUUUGAAAAGAAACCUCAAGAACAUCAAAUACCUUCCAUCAAUGGCGGACAUUAGCUUCAAAACACGAUACAUCUAUAUCGACGUCGGAGCUAGAAACUAUGGAUCAAGCAUCGGAAGCUGGUUCAAGAAACUUUACCCAAAACAGAACAAACCCUUCAAGAUUUUCGCAGUUGAAUCAGACAAACGAUUCCAUCAAGAAUACAAAUCCAAGAAAAAGAUAACCCUUUUGCCAUACGCAGCUUGGGUACGAAACGAGUCAUUGUUCUUUGAGAUCAACCGCCAACCAAACAUCAAAAACGAAGAUAAAGGAAGAGGGAUGGGUCGAGCUCAAUCCGCCCAAACUUCAACCAGUUUCUUAGGGGAUUUGAAUAAGAUUCAAGGGUUUGAUUUCGCGAAUUGGGUGAAGAACAGUUUUACAGAGAAAGAUUUCGUGGUGGUGAAGAUGGAUAUCGAAGGAACAGAGUUUGAUAUAAUUCGGAAAAUGGUGGAAACUGGGGCCAUUUGUUUGAUAGAUGAAAUGUUUCUUGAAUGCCAUUAUAAUCGAUGGAGAAGAUGCUGUAAAGGAGAAAGGAGUUCCAAGUAUCAAAAUGAGUACAAUGAAUGUAUGGAAUUGUUUAGUUCAUUGAGGGAGAAAGGUGUUCUGGUUCAUCAAUGGUGGUGA